CUCCAUAAACCCCCCCUUUAGGGUCCAGCGCUGCACGGCGCCUCCAGCGCAGUAAAUCCCGCUCGAGUAGGUUGGGGCCUAAAACUCUUUCCGUUCCAACGCGCCACCGGCUGUGGCUGUGGCGAUUUGCGAGGAAAUUACGCUAGCUUGAGUGUGCUGGCUGAGGUUGUCGGUCGUUGCGGUGGCUGUGGCGUUGCUGUGCUCAGCUCUCAGCUUUCAUAUUUCUCUCUCCUAGACAAGAAGAUGGCAUUUUCUAGUCAGGCAACGGCCAGUGUUCAGGUAGUAGCGAGUAGUUCUCACCCUAGUGCUAGCGUAGCUGCCGGUGCGCGAGUAGCCUCCUCUCGUCUUAAUCUCUCCGUCCAAAGCGGUCCGUCGUGCCGUCGCGAUUACCCACCGUGUUCGCCUAUUCACUAUCCCUCCAGUGUCUCACUGCAUAACAGUCGCGUUACAGAGAUUAGUGGUUACACUUCGAAGCGAAUUCGCACGUUCGCCAUGGCUCCUGGCAUCGAUCUCGCCACCUGCGCCCCGAGACUAAGAGCGGAGUGCUUAAAUCGAAACGUACGAUCCAGAUCUCACGGCCUACCUAGCUUCUCCCAGCCGGUUCCCGCCAAAUCCAGCCAAUCACUUUCCCUGAAGAAUGCCGCCGCUCGCGCGCAGUCUCCCAUUCCCGCGCUUUCCUCUCGGCGCGUCGAUCAGGACCAAUCAGACGCCGCCGCUCUGUCCUCUAUCCGAGUCGCGUCGGCGCUGCAGUCUCUCGACGCGCCGGUCACCGAGCCGCCAGAGGCGCUGCCGCCGGAAGUGCCUUUCUCUGUCGUGAUGAAGUUCGGCGGCUCGUCGGUGGCGAACGCGGCGCGCAUGCGGGAGGUGGCAGAUUUGAUUCUGUCGUUCCCCGAGGAGAAUCCGAUCAUCGUCAUGUCCGCCAUGGGGAAAACGACAAACAACCUGAUCAAGGUCGGCGAGAGGGCGCUGACGUGCGGAUCCGCCAAGUGCGCGGCGAUCGACGAGCUGCGAGUGAUCAGGGAGCUCCACGUGGCGACCAUGGCGGAGCUCGACGUCGACUGCGCCGAAGUGCACGACCUGAUGCACGAGCUGCAGCAGCUAGUAACGGGGAUAGCGCUCAUGCGCGAGCUGACUCCGCGCUCCUCCGACUACCUCGUGUCGUUCGGCGAGCGCUGCUCCACGCGCAUCUUCGCUGCCUACCUCAACUCGCUGGGGAUUCCCGCAAAGCAGUUCGACGCAUUUCGCAUGGGCGUGAUCACAACAGACGAGUUCACCAACGCGGACGUGUUGGACGAGACAUACCCCGCUGUGGCGCACACACUGCUCUCCGCCUAUGACGCUCAGCACGAGGCGGCCGCUGCCAGCAGCGACGAUGGCAGCAGUGCCGAUGACAGCAGCAAGUUCAUUCCAGUGGUGACUGGCUUUCUGGGAAGGGGCAAGAAGACGGGCGCAACGACCACCCUGGGGCGGGGGGGCAGCGACCUGACAGCCACCAUCAUCGGGCGCGCGCUGGGCCUGAGAGAAGUCCAGGUGUGGAAGGACGUGGACGGGGUGCUCACAUGCGACCCCAACCUCUACCGUGGCGCCGUGCCCGUGCCCUUCCUCACCUUCGAGGAAGCUUCCGAGCUGGCCUACUUCGGAGCGCAGGUGCUGCACCCGCAGAGCAUGCGGCCUGCGAGGGAGGGCAACAUCCCAGUGCGAGUGAAAAACUCGUACAACCGUAGCGCUCCGGGGACUCUAAUCACGCAGGAUCGGGACCUCUCAUCCACGCUUCUGACCAGCAUUGUGGUCAAGCGGGGGGUGACGCUGCUGGAUCUGGUCAGCCUGAGGAUGCUCGGGCAGUUUGGGUUCCUGGCGAAAGUUUUCGCGAUCUUUGAGGCACAGGGGAUCUCGGUGGACGUGGUGGCGACGAGCGAGGUCAGCCUGUCGCUGACGCUGGACCCUGCGAAGCUGUGGUCGCGGGAGCUGAUACAGCAGGAGCUGGAUAAGAUGGUGGAGGAGUUGGAGAGGGUGGCGGUGGUGAAGCUGCUGCAGAGACGGUCGAUUAUCAGUCUCAUUGGGAACGUGGGGCGGUCGUCGGUGAUCCUGGAGAAGGUGUUUGGCGUGUUCAGACGAAACGGAACCAACGUGCAGAUGAUCUCGCAGGGUGCUUCCAAGGUAAACAUUGCUUUGGUAGUGGAUGAUGAUGAGGCUACAGAAUUGGUGCAGCUGCUACACAAGGAGUUUUUCAACGCAUAGGGUAGGAUAGGACCUGCUGCAGUGUGUCAUGGCUCAGCAAAAGCUGUGCAUGUAUGCUUGAUUAUUUCUGUGAAGUGUAUUGUAUGUAGGAUUUUCCCCAAUAGUUUCCAAGUUCGGCUGGUUUCACAGUAUAGUAUAAUUCUAAUAUUAACGUGACCGUUAUGU